GGCGUGAUUACAACGCGCGGAGUGCGACGCACUGACUGCCGGCUGCGGAGUCGGCUCAGCCACCGCCAGUAGUGAGGUCGCGUGCGAACGGACGACCUUUCGCGUCUCAAACGCUCUGUUCCGCCACUAACAUAACCUUUCCCGCGCAAACCAUGGCAGCCACCGACGAACUCAGCGGCAUCCUCUCCAGGAGACAAGAAAUCAACGACAAACUAGAAGAAGGAGUCGAAGUUAAACCCAAAUACAAAUUCGUGAACGUAUACACGGAAUUUCACGAGUUCUCCAGGAAAGAAAUAAAACAAUACGAGCAGACCUUCAACAAAUUUGACGAGGGUCGCGAUGGUUUCCUUGAUCUGAACGAGGUGAAGAGAAUGAUGGAGCGGCUAGGAGCGCCGCAGACACAUCUUGGACUAAAAGCUAUGAUCGCAGAAGUCGAUGAAGACAUGGACAAUAAGAUAAGCUUCAGAGAGUUCCUCCUUAUUUAUAGAAAAGCUCGUGCUGGUGAACUAGAGACCGACUCGGGCCUGGGGGCGUUCGCUCGGUUGACCGAGAUCAACGUCGACCAAGUAGGCGUGAACGGUGCCAAGAACUUCUUCGAGGCCAAGAUCGAAGAACUGGCAAAGAGCAAUAAGUUCCACGACGAGAUCAUACAAGAACAGGAAGAGAAGAGGCGAGAAGCCGAAGAGAAGGCCGUACGAAGACAAAGGUUCAAAGAAAAAGCGGCCCUAUUUCAACAGUGAUGAAAUGUAGUAGAUAUUAAUUUGAUGCAUAAUCUAGUCUAUAAGCUGUUACCAUGGCUUUUGAGGAAGUCAUUCGAGAGUGUAUAAUAAAGUAGAUUGAAGAUAAAUUCUAGAAGUAUGCUCCUUUGUUACUGCAAGAAAUAGAUGAAGUUCUUUCUUAUUAUUAAGGAUUAUAUGUAUAUUACUUUACAGUGACUCUAAAAACACCUAUUUUAGUAUAAAUUUAAAUAUUUUUUAUGAAUUUAUGGUAUGUUGUUUUUAGUAGGAUUAUCAGUGUACAUUUGUUAAAGGUAUAAGUAACAAUAUAUAUAAUCAUAAAAGGCCUAUUAAUUAUAGAAACUUGCUAAAAUGGAAGAGUGCCUAAACUUUGUAUUCAUUAUGUUAUUUCUGCACCAAAUCUAUUUGCUAAAACUAGUUAAUUAACAGAUCUAACCUGUGUUGUAUUAUGUAUGUUGUCUUAUGUUUUCAAUGUUAAUAAGUAAAAGAUCUAUGUGAUGUAAAAAUAGUUGUAAGUGAAAUAAAAUUAUUAUGUCAAAAA